AUGGGUUUAUCUAUUUCUAAGUUAUUAUCCGGCCUUUUCGGUCGUAAAGAAAUGAGAAUUUUAAUGGUUGGUUUGGAUGCAGCUGGUAAGACUACCAUUUUAUAUAAACUAAAGUUAGGUGAAAUUGUUACCACCAUUCCAACCAUUGGUUUUAAUGUUGAAACCGUUGAAUAUAAGAACAUUUCCUUUACUGUUUGGGAUGUUGGUGGACAAGAUAAGAUUAGACCAUUGUGGAGACACUAUUUCCAAAACACCCAAGGUAUUAUUUUCGUUGUUGACUCUAACGAUAGAGACAGAAUCUCCGAGGCAAGAGAAGAAUUACAAAGAAUGCUUAAUGAAGACGAACUUAGAGAUGCUGUUCUCUUGGUUUUCGCCAACAAACAAGAUCUACCAAAUGCUAUGACUGCUGCAGAAAUCACCGAAAAAUUAGGUCUUCAAUCUAUCAGACCAAGACCAUGGUUCAUUCAAGCAGCUUGUGCUACUUCCGGUGAUGGUUUGUACGAAGGUCUAGAAUGGUUAUCCAACACCUUAAAGAAUGCCGCUUAA